AUGCCAGCCGAUAUACGAAAUUUUUUUGGUGGUAAACCUGCUCAAACGUCAACAAGCGCCGCAAAGCCCGCGAAAGAGGAUCCACAGAGCGUCCGCAAACGACGUAGUAGAAAGGUCGUCGAUGAAAGUGAUGAAGAGGAGGAGGUGCAAGUACCAGCGAGCAAGCUAACCACAGACCAAAAGCCAUCGCGUCAAUCCAGGAAGAAAGAGGAACCCAAGGGCGAGCCCACAACCAGCUCCGAUUACUUUGCUUCUUCGAAAAAGCGAGGCUUCUCAUCCAAACCCGGCGUCGAAGUUGAAGCCGACGUUGCUCCCGCCAAAGCUACGAGGACCACGCCACGCCAGUCGGUCAAGAAGACGACCCAGGUUGUUGACGACGAGGGCCUCGGCGCGGACGACAUCUUUGCUGGAAACUAUAGCAAGCAAAAGGAAGACGAUUAUGUGCCGGCGGACAGUGAUGAUGACAACGAUUUCGAGGUGCUCGAAGUGAAACCAGCUACUGCGUCUUCCAGGAGAACACGAGCGAAGCCAUCGCUUUUGGAGGAGGAGGGUGAGGAUGACGAUGUUGUGAUGGAAGAUCUUCCCAAGGCUGCUCCUGAAACAGCACGGGCAUCAAGGAAACGCAAAUCCGAGGCGGUCAUUGAUCAGGAUGAAGAUGAUAAUCCUCCAGCGACGAAGAAGAAGCCCGUGACCCGGGCCAAACCAUCCGCUUCGCCAGCUGCCAAGAAAGCUAAGUCAUCACCAAAGAAGAAAGAUGCUGAAUCAGAGAACCCCGAGAUCCAAAAGAUUUUCGACAGCAUUCCGACCGUCAGACCUCCAUCCCCACCUCCAGACAGCGGAGAACCGAAAAAAUGGCAGUACGGUGCGCAGCGCUCUCGAACCCCUCCGACUGCUGGAACGAAGGAUAUUCCCGUGGGCGCCGAGAAUUGUCUGGCUGGGCUCUCCUUCGUUUUUACUGGAAUUCUCGAUACCCUGGGGAGAGAAGAAGGCCAGGAAUUGGUGAAGAAAUACGGAGGGAAAAUCACCACCGCGCCUAGUUCCAAGACCAGCUACGUUGUCCUCGGAGGUGAUGCCGGACCCAAGAAACUUCAGACAAUCGCGAAGUUCAACCUCAAGACUAUCAACGAAGAUGGUCUUUUCGAGUUGAUUCGUCGAUUGCCCGCAAAUGGCGGGUCUGGACAGGCCGCGGAGAAAUUUGCUGCCAAGAAGAAAGCAGAGGAAGAUAAAGUCAAGAAGAUGGCUGCUGAGAUUGAUGCUGAAGAGAAGAGAAAGGAGGCCGAGAAGGCUAAGGUUCAAUCCAAAGCAACGGCAAACGGAGUUAGUGCUCGUCCAUCCCAAGUACCCGUUGUGGACGAUCAGCUAUGGACGACCAAGUAUGCGCCUACGUCUAUUGGCAUGAUAUGCGGCAACAAGACUGCAGUGGAAAAACUGCAAAGCUGGCUGAGGAAUUGGCAUCAAAGCGCCAAGUCGAAUUUCAAAAAGGCAGGAAAGGACGGCUCGGGUGUGUACCGCGCCGUAAUGAUUCACGGGCCGCCAGGAAUUGGCAAGACAACAGCUGCUCACCUGGUCGCAAAAUUGGAAGGUUACGACAUCGUCGAAACUAAUGCAAGCGACACGAGAAGCAAAAAGCUUGUCGAGACAGGCACAUUGGGCGUCCUUGACACGACCUCGUUGCAAGGGUACUUUGCGGGAGAGGGAAAGAAGGUCCAAAGUGAGAAGCGCAAUCUGGUCCUCAUCAUGGAUGAGGUCGAUGGAAUGUCAGCUGGUGACCGAGGAGGUGUUGGUGCAGUCGCAGCCAUCGUUAAAAAGACUAAUAUUCCAAUUAUGCUCAUUUGCAAUGAGCGAAGAUUGCCCAAAAUGAAGCCUUUCGAUCACAUUACCUUCGACAUCCCUUUCAGACGUCCGACUCCAGACCAGAUUCGCGCGCGACUGUCAACAAUUUGUUUCCGUGAGAAGAUGAAGAUCCCCCAGCCAGUUCUGGAAGCUCUGAUUGAGGGUUCGCACGCAGACAUUCGACAAAUUAUCAACAUGCUCUCUGCAGUCAAAGUGGACCAAUCUCUGUUGGAUGAGAGUUCUACGAUUGACUUUGACAAGGGAAGACAAAUGGCUAAAGCGUGGGAGAAGCACAUUAUUUUGAAGCCUUGGGAUAUUACCAGCAAGAUUCUCAGUGCACAAAUGUUUGCACCAAGCUCAACUUCGACCCUGAAUGACAAGACCGAGCUCUAUUUCAACGACCAUGAGUUCAGCUAUUUGAUGCUUCAGGAGAACUACCUGCGCACGAAACCUUCCCUCUCCGCCAGAUUUGAAGAUCCGAAGGAGAAAAAUCUCAAAGAACUUGAGCUUUUCGACAAGGCAGCCUCGAGUAUUAGCGAUGGCGAUCUGGUGGAUCGUAUGAUCCAUGGAACACAGCAACAAUGGAGUUUGAUGCCGACCCACGCGAUAUUCAGCUUUGUCCGCCCGGCCAGCUUCGCAUAUGGCAAUAUGCGAGAGCGCCCACAAUUCACCACUUGGCUUGGCCAAAAUAGUAAGCAAGGCAAGUUGUCACGCUUUGUCAAGGAAAUCCAGGGUCAUAUGCGCCUUCGGACCUCAGGCAAUCGAGACGAGAUUCGCCAGCAGUACAUGCCCAUGCUCUGGGACAAGUCAGUCAAGCGUCUACAGGACGAAGGUAAAGAAUGUGUGGAUGAAGUCAUUGACUUCAUGGAUGCGUACUUCCUCACACGUGACGACUUCGACGCGAUGGUUGAGCUCGGACUUGGCCCAAUGGACCAAUCCAAUGUCAAGCUUGACACACAAACCAAGGCGACUUUCACACGGCUCUACAACUCGCGCUCCCACCCACUCCCGUUCAUGAAAGCCAGCAAUGUCGUCGCGCCGAAGAAAGAGUCCAAGGAGAAACCUGAUGUGGAAGAUGUCGUUGAAGAAUCAGAUGAAGAAGAUGUCGUUGACGAGGUCAAAGAUGAGGAAGAGGAUGAACUGGACCUCAAGAAAGACAAAUAUGUCAGUUUGCCGAAGAAGAAGGCUGCAUCGGCGAAAGGGAAAAAGGGCAAGAAAGCCGCGACUGCAGAUACCGACGACUUCGUUGACGACAGUGAAGAGAAGCCCAAAAAGGGCCGCAAGACGAAGGUUAAGGCUAAGGCCUGA